ACCUAAACUUCAAUCUCAAUCUAGCGCUUAGACAGACGUCCGGUAAAACCUCACCCCUCACUUCCUUGAGUCCCCAUUCAUCUAAACAACUGAAACCAAUGCGAACACUACUGGAGGAACAGUUCAGUAGAGAAGACCAUCACUUGUCCGAAGAGAGUGAAGAAGAGUUGUCUAAUGAGAAGGACGAUAGUGUGGAUGAAGUGGAAGACAUCAAUAUAGAGAUGAAUGAAUCGAAAUCAGAUGAACACAAUUCCGACGAAAACGACAGACAAUGCAAUAGUAAUAACGAGACGAAUGUCGAGCCAUUGGCCAGACGUCACGCCCGCGAGUUAGCCACGCACUGCACCGCCGGAACCCCAAGCGCUCUGUCCAGUGGUUACGGCUCUCAGCCGUUGACAAGUACUCCGGCGUCGAGUGAGGAC